AUGGGAAAACAAAGUAAAUUAUGGUUAAUUAUAUUAUUUCCAUCAUUGAUAUCAUUUUAUGUAUUUAAAUUAUAUAGUAAUUUAAUUGAUAAUCCUAAAGAAUUAUCAAUUGAUGGUUAUGUACAUCCAGAUUUUGAAAAUGUUAAAGAAGAAUUUAUAAAAAAUUUUGUCAUUGGUUGGGAACGUGAUGGUGCUUCAUUGACAGUUUAUCAUAAUAAUAAAGUUGUUGUUGAUUUAUGGGGUGGAUAUUCAGAUGUCUUAUCUGGUAGAAAAUGGAAAGAAGAUACGAUGAAUAUAGCUUUUAGUUCAUCAAAAGCUCUUGGUGCUAUAUGUAUUGCAUUACUUGUUGAUCAAGGUCAUUUAAAUUAUGAAGAUAAAAUUAUAAAAUAUUGGCCAGAAUUUGGUAAAAAUAAUAAAGAAAAUGUAACAGUUCAAAUGGUUAUGGAACAUACAAGUGGAAUUGUUUUAAUAGAUCAAAAUAUUGAAAUUGAAGAUGCUCUUAAUCAUAGUGUUAUGACAAAAAUAAUUGAAAAUCAAAAACCGUAUUGGAUACCUGGUACAAAAAUUGGUUAUCAUGCCAUUUCAUAUGGAUGGUUAGUAGAUCAAAUAAUUAGUCAUGUUGAUCCAAAAAAAAGAACAAUUGGAAAAUUUUUUAAGGAAGAAAUUGCUGAUGUACAUGAUAUUGAGGCUUAUCUAGGAUUACCAAAAGAAUUAUCUCAUCGUGUUUCAAGAUUAAGUAGUGCCACAAUAUAUGAUAGGAUUGAUGAAUUUAUUACAAAUCCACAUUCAGUUGAUUAUUGGCAUUGUUUUAAAGAUGCACUUUUUGAUGGAUAUUUAACAAAAAUGUCAAAAAAUCCAUCAUGGAUGCAAUCAGUAUUUAAAAUGACUCUUAAUAAUCCUGAUGUAUAUGAAGUUGAACAAUGUGCUGCAUUAGGUAUAGGAACUUCAAGAGGAUUUGCUAAACUUUUUAAUAAAGUUAUGAAUGGUGAAGUGAUAAGUAAAGAAUUAGUAAAAAAAAUAUCAAUACCAUCUACAGGAAAUGAUAUGGAUAUUGUAACAGGAGCAAAAAUUCAACGAGGAUACGGGUUUACAUAUAUACCUAUUGAGGUAGAAAGCAAAGAAAUUUUACUUGUAGGACAUGCUGGAUUAGGUGGACAAAAUAUAAGAUAUAAUUUAAAAUAUAAUGUUUCUUUUUCAUAUCUAUCUAAUGGUAUGAAGAGUGGUCUUGGUGAUACAGCAAGAACAUAUUUACCAAUUAGAGAUGCUAUUUUUAACUCAAUAAUAAAUAGAAAAAAUAAUUAA